GAAGGCGGCCAGGCUUUCGUCUCCGUUCAAAGUGGUCGAAUGUAGUCUGUCCGUCCGGAGCGCCUCCUUGUCCACCGUGAUGUUCAGAUACUUAUCUAUUAUAUUCGUGUUUAUAGUGUUGUGUACAGAAAGUGUGAAAUCAUCGGUUUAUCGAAUAGACGGAAGUGCAACUCAGCUGAAAGACAUUGAUGUAAGGAUCGAGACGGAAUUGUUGAGUGACUUACAGGAGGAACUGAAUCAAAUCCUAGACCUCCUUUUAAAUGAACGGGAAUUAAUUGACGAAGCAAAUGAAAACCCAACCGGAAUUAUCUCAACCAACUCGCUAAGCGAAGAAGGAAGAGCGAACGAGACGCGUUUCGGCCCCGCGCGCGAGCCCCCGAGAACGCCGGUCGCCGCGAGCGCUCGAACUAAGCGCCAGCAGCCGCCCACGACGCUGUUCCGCCGCAAGCCCCCCGCGAGACCCUGCCGCGGCGACGGGACCAGCGCGGUCUUCAACGGUAGCAACGCCAUGUCUUAUAUCAGCUUCUUGGCCAACGUCAUGGCUCUCGUCCUCAACAUCAAUAAUAACGUCAACAAUAAUAAUAACAACAACAACAUUAAUAGCAACAACAACAUCGAUAACAACAAUGCCAAUCUCAACAUCAACAGUAACAAUGCUAACCAGGUGAACAUCAUGCCACCCGGAGGAAGGCGGCGGCGACACCUCCCCCCCUGGGCACUCGUCGCCAUGUCGCCAGGCACUCGGGCCGUCUGCGCUGCCCACGACACGACGAUGGAAAAGGUUUUAGAAGCAACCGUGGAAGCCAGCUGGAGCAAUCUUACCAAAAAUAGAAAAAAAAUAAACUCUGAAGUAAGCAGCGAUUAUGAAUAAAUGAAAAUAUAAUCACCUACUCAACAACGUUGGACAGUGCUGCUCAACCCUCAUCAUCAUUUUGAUUACGUUGAUUACGGCAACAUUCUUUUAAAACAGGGGAGAAAAAAAAUACAAAAACCUACAUUAUAUGCUUUCGUUAUUGCAAAAAAUCUACGUUUUUUGUGCAUGUAUCUUAGGGCAUUUUAUAUGAUUCUGCAAUUUGUGUUUUGUCUGGCAGUCAUACUAAGGCAGCGCUACGUGUGACGUAAGGAUGUAAUGGAGAAAAUUAUUAAUGUUUGAGAAUAUUAACUGUAGAAAGAGCAUGAGAAAGAUGUGUCAUUACUAUCAUCAUUCAUAUAUUACGCUAUCAUUCAAAUAUCAAUGGUAUUCAUGUCGUUAUAAUUA